GACACCAUCAUGACUUCAGCUGUAGAAGAAACACCAGAAGGACAAAUUCUUAAACAAGUAGAAUUCUACUUCGCUGAUACAAACUUACCAUUUGAUAAGUUUUUAUGGUCUCUCACAAAGAAGAACCCAGAGGGAUACGUACCUAUAGCCACUAUUUCAUCAUUUAAGAGAAUGAGAGAACCAGUAGAGAAAGCUGGCGGUGUUGAAAAAGUCGCAGAAAUUCUUCGUCAAUCUGAUAAACUCGCCGUGAGCGAAGACGGCGUUAACGUUAAGCGCGUAGAACAAGUUAAACCAGUAGUAGAUCGUGAAAGCAGAUCAAUCUACGCUAAGGGUUUCCCAGACGAGUCAGAGAACACUCAAGUUGAACUUGAGAAAUACUUUGCUGCUUUCGGUAAAAUCAACGCAGUUAGACUUCGUAGAGAUGAGAAGAAGAAAUUUAAGAACUCAGUUUUCGUUGAAUUUGAUAACGUUGAUGAUGCUAAGCGUUUCUUGGAAUUACCUCAAGAACAACGUAAAUACGGCGAGACCGAACUCCUCACUAUGUCUAAAGAGGCCUACGUUGAGAUGAAAUGUAAGGAAAAGGGUAUCACACCAGGUAGCAACAACAAGAAGCAAGGUAAAGGACACUUCAAUGCAUUCAAGGAGGAGAACAAGAAGACAAGGGACGCUGAGAAGGCCGACAGACCACUCACAAUGAUGCUCAUGGGUAAGGAGAUCGAAAUCAACAAAGAGAACGGUCAAUUCGACGAAUCUCUCCUUCAAUUCACAUCUGGUUCAGUCUUGAAAUGGUCAUCUGAGUCCUCAUUAGGCGAUAUGGUCUUCCGUGAUAUUAAAUCAUCAAUGAAGCAACAUAUCGAACCAUCUUUCGUUAUUGUCGAUGAUGAGAAGAAGUCUGGUAUGUCUGGAUUCAAGAGAAAGGUUGAAGACGAAGAUAUCAACAAGCUCAACGAAAAUGUUAAGGUUAACGACGUCUCAGUAUCAUUCACUAGACCAACUCAAGAAGAGGAGAACAAGUACUACCUCGAAAACGCCAAGAACAUGGCUCAAGCUGUACUUACAAGACACAGAGAAGGCGGUAAGCCAAACAACAAACGCAAGGGUGGAAACUUUCAACAAGGCAACAAGAAGCAGAGAAGAAACUAGAUAUUAUUUAUAAUAUGCAUUUG